CAUAUGCAAAAUAGUAUCUUAACAUUUAUUUCAUCUUUAUAUUUUUGUUAGAGAAGCUUUUUUUCCAGAGAUUGAUGAUAGGUGUAGAAGAACCAUGAAAUCGAUAUUAAUUGGAUUUGUUUUCUUUCUUUUAUCAUCAUUUCGUAGCUUCUUCGUGACCACUACCUAUUCCCAAGUGAUCCAUCACCGACGUCUACGGCCAUGGCCACCGCCAGAAUCUGGGUCCGGCCCAUCACCUGGCCCAUCUCCAUCACCACAUAACAAAACCACACCGGCAGUGUUUUUCUUUGGGGAUUCGAUCAUAGAUACAGGAAAUAAUAAUAAUCUAACAACAGAAAUGAAAUGUAAUUUUAGUCCUUAUGGUAAGGAUUUUCCACUCGGAGUUGCAACUGGUAGAUUCAGCAACGGAAAGGUCGUUUCCGAUUAUAUAUCUGAAUAUUUGGGAGUAAAACCAAUUGUACCAGCAUAUUUUGACCCCAAUGUACAACUAGAAGAUCUUCUCACGGGUGUAUCAUUUGCUUCAGGUGGUAGUGGCUAUUACCAUUUGACUCCCAAAAUAUCCAGAGUAAAGUCAAUGUUGGAGCAAUUGACAUAUUUCCAACGACACAUAGCGAGAGUAAAGAGGUUAGUAGGGGAAGAGAAGACGGAUCAACUGUUAGCCAAGGGCUUAUCCGUUGUGGUCGCAGGCAGCAACGAUUUGGCUAUUACAUAUUAUGGUCAUGGUGCUCAAUUGCUCAAAGAUGAUAUCCACUACUUUACUUCAAAGAUGGCAAAUUCCGCGGCAAGUUUUGUUAUGCAAUUAUACGAAUAUGGAGCAAGACAAAUAGCAGUUCUAGGAACACCACCACUUGGCUGCGUACCAAUACUAAGAACUCUAAAAGGAGGUCUUCGUAGAGAGUGUGCUCAAGAUAUAAACUAUGCUUCUCAGCUUUUCAACGUCAAACUCUCCAACAUUUUGGACCAAUUGGCAAAAAACCUACCAAAUUCCAAUCUCAUUUACAUUGACAUAUACUCUGCUUUCAGUCACAUCUUAGAAAAUUCAGCAGAUUAUGGGUUUGAAGAAAUAAAGAGAGGUUGUUGUGGAACUGGAUUUGUGGAAGCUGGUCCACUUUGCAAUCGAUUCACAACAUUUGUGUGCUCCAAUGUAUCUGCUUACAUGUUUUGGGAUAGUCUCCAUCCUACCCAAAGAUUCUAUAAAAUCUUAACCAAAAUACUUUUUGAGAAAUACAUCCACAAUUUAAAUUGAGUAGUGUGAUCAAAUGACUCACAUUGUAUGCUUUUAUUUUUCUUAAAGCUUGUGCAGUUGUUAUAAAUUGUACAAAAUUAUUGUAAGUCACUAUAUUGAUUACCAAUUGAUUUUAAGAGAAACUUUUAUCAC